CCAAACUUAAAAACUGGCAAGUCACCAUCUUUCUUCGUCUCCUCUUCUCCACGAGAGGAUAGCCAAGCUACCUCUCUCUCUCUCUCUCUCUCUCUCUCUCUCUCCUCUCUUCUCCCAUUUGUGCCCAUUUAUUAUUUUUAUCCCAUCUUAUUUUGCUGCUUUACAUAUACCCUUUCUUCUCUUCCUCUUUUUCUCAAACUUGUUUUUCUUUCAUUUUUUUCUUCUCUUAAUCAAUCACCUCUCUUAAGAAAUUGUAAGAACAUCAAGGAAAAAUUUUUAAAAAAAAAACAAGAAGGAAAAAAAGAGGGGGGGUUGAAGAGAGAGAAGAAGGGAGGAGCUCAUCUCUCUCUUGUUCUUGUUUAUGCCUCCUCUCAGAUCUUGAAAUUCAUCAAAAUUACUAAUUUUUAAUCUUGGGAUUUUUACCCACAACAUAAUUCACAAUCUGAUUGGAAGAUGGAGCCAGGGAAGCUUUUCAUUGGUGGGAUUUCUUGGGACACAAAUGAGGAUCGUCUGAGGGAGUAUUUUCAAACAUUUGGUGAGGUUGUGGAAGCUGUGAUCAUGAAGGAUCGAGCAACGGGCCGAGCUCGUGGGUUUGGCUUUGUUAUCUAUGCUGACCCAGCUGUUGCGGAGCGAGUUGUUAGGCAGAAGCAUAUGAUUGAUGGCAGAACUGUUGAGGCAAAGAAGGCAGUUCCUAGAGAUGACCAGCACAUCCUGACUAGAAACCACAGCAGUCCUAGUGCAUCGCCAGUGCCUGCUCGGACGAAGAAGAUAUUUGUGGGGGGUUUAGCAUCUACUGUGACAGAAGGGGACUUCAAAAGGUACUUUGAUCAGUUUGGGACCAUUACUGAUGUUGUUGUUAUGUAUGAUCACAACACUCAAAGGCCAAGAGGAUUUGGAUUUAUCACCUUUGACUCAGAAGAAGCAGUCGAGAGAGCACUGAUGAAAACCUUUCAUGAACUUAAUGGUAAAAUGGUUGAGGUCAAACGAGCUGUUCCCAAAGAGUUAUCACCAGGGCCAAGCAGGAGUCCUUUAAGUGGUGGUAGUGGUGGACUUACUAGAGUCAAUAGCUUCCUCAAUGGCUAUGCACAGGGUUACAAUCCAAGCCCUAUUGGAGGACAUGGACUUAAGAUUGAUGAACGACAAAGUCCCAUGCCUUUUCCUCGAGGUGGAUUUCCUUCGUUUAGCCCUUCUAGUUAUGGAAGUGCCAUGAAUUAUGAGCCACGAAUGGGCCCAAGCUUUGGCGAAACUGCAAAUCUCUUUCCAAAAAUGAGCUUUGAGCAAGGAUUAAGUGCAUUGCAUAAUAGCAACGUCAACAGGCAUGAUGGUUUUGCUGAUUUUGAUGGAGUGAACAGGGGUAGUGCUUCUAAUCUUGGCUCAUCUUCCUGGAGCUUGUGGGGGAAUGGAAUCAUUAAUGACACUGCUUUCUCUGGAAGUAGCUCUUCUAUAAACUUUAGAGAUAUUGAGGCUGAUGCUCUGAAAAAUAGUGAAUCAAUUUGGAAUUCUUCUGCCAUUCCUGUUCAAGGUGGAGGGCGUGUUUCUGUCUCAAAUGGUCUCAGUCUUAGCUAUGGCCGUGAGGAUAACAAUCUUGGAUCAGCAAUGGGAUUGUAUGGCAGAGACAUGAGAACCAGGACGUCGCCUGUAUCUUCUUAUCCUUCAUUAGAUGGUGGGUAUGAUGCUAAGUUCGAUAAUUUCCUUGGUGGUGGCAGUGAGCAAUCCUUGCUUUUACCAUCUUUGGGACUGAAGGGAUCUGGUUCAUUUGAAUUUGGACUUGGUAAUUCAGUUUCAGAUGUUCCACUCAAUAAUCCUGCUGGAUUAUGCUGGUAGUUAAAGAAUUUGUCAAUAGCAACUUAGAGUUUCAGGGAUUGCUGCCUAGGAGAAAUUAUUCAAUUGGAUGUCAAAGUUUCUGUAGGUGAACAGAGAGUCUGCAAAAACUGUUUUCUGUAAUUCAGUAAGUAGGAACUUGGGGUCGUAGCAUUGAUCAGAGAGGUGCUGCUUGGAUUCAAGGUAUACAAGUAACAAGAUCGGAUUUGCACACACUUGUUGGUCAUUUUAUCAUAGUUUUUUUUUUCUUCCUCGUUUUUGUCUUCGUUCGUUGGAAUUUGUAAAUUUGAAGCACGGGGUACACUUAGUAUCAUCCAUUACUUGCAACACAGCGGCGGGUACAUAAGGAAACUAAGAAGUGGAUGGUUUUUCUGAUCUUCUCCUCUCAUAUAGUUUUUUCCAGCCAAGUUGUUUAUAUUCUUAUGAGGUAUUUAAUUGCUGUAGUGAACAUCUUGUUGAGUUUGUAAUGUUUAAACUCUUCAGAAUGCUUGUCAUAGAGCUGCUUAUACCCUUGAAAAGAAUUUUUGUGACUUCA